CUACUCAAAAUUAUUUUUCUCAAAUCAGAACACCAUAAACGAUACCCUUUUGACUCAGAAGCAUAGCCAAGAAAUAAGCAUUUUACAUCCCUAGGAGCUAACUUUCCUUCAUUUACAUGGGAAAAAGCAGGGCAUCCAAAUACUUUUAAAUUAGAGAAAUCCACCGGAUUACCUGACCAAACUUCUACUGGAAUUUUGAAGUUAAUGGAUGAGUGAGGAGAUCGGUUGACGAGAUAACAAGUUGUAUCAAAGCCAGAUUAAAGGAUGUCUACUGUAACCAAGUUUGAUAUCGAGAAAUUUGAUGGAAAAAUUUGCUUUAGUAGCUAAAAGAUCCAGAUGAAGGCUGUUCUCACACAUAACGAUUUGAAUAAGGCUUUAGAUGGAAAGUCUAAGAAGCCUGAUUCUAUGAACGAUGAAGAAUGGGAGGAGUUGGAUGAGAAGGAAAUUUCUGCAAUUCAACUUAGCCUUUCCAAAGAGGUUUGCGGGAGGUUAUUCGUGAGACUACUGCUACAAGUCUCUGGUUGAAACAUGACAAGAAUGGUCCUCGGGCCUAACUCAACCUCAAAAAUUAGCUCAGGAGGGGAGGAUUACCCAAGUCCAUAUAAGCAAACCACUAGUCCAUUCCCCAACCAAUGUGGAACUUUUACCCACUCUAACACCCCCCCCCCCCACACCCAGGCCCAACUGGCACUGGCGCGUGAACCGGGAGCCCAAAAUGGGAAUGAACCUGGCUCUGAUACCACUUGUCAGAAACUCACUUACAUCAAGGAACAACACACAUAUAAAAUCAAGAAAGAAAUUUGGAAAUAAAAUAGAUGACACACAAAUUUAACGUGGAAACCCAAGUUGGGAAAAACCACGGGCAAUGACGAGCUCACUAUAUAGAAGGUAGAGUACAAUCAAAUCCUCAAGAAUUCAAAAUAUGAACGAAUGAGGAUAAAGAAUAUUUUAAUCUUUAGUACAAGAAAGACACUGCCUCAAGAAGUUACAGAGAAAAUAUAUAUCACCAACAUACAGAAAAUGCCCCUGAGAAAUAGGCUGCACUUCCAGGAAAAACUGGUGACCAGUAACUGCACAAUAGGCAUAUGAUCUUCUCAACUUUCCUACAAUUGGGCAACUGCCAAGAACCAAGCUGGAAGGCAUAGUCAGUAGAGAGACAAAUAAUGUGAGGCAACUCCAACAGACUGAGUAUGCGAUUCCUCAGAAAGUGUGUUGCAACAUAAGAGAUUUCCAUGGAUUGAUUUUGAAUGGUUACAUUGAGCGCGAGAUUGUCGAAUAUGUGUUACCUCAGCUUCAACGUAUGGCUGAAAAAGUUGGAAUCUUCCUUUGGGAUGAUCUAACUAGUGAAGACUCUAAAGUCUUCAAGCUAGCACAUCUACUGAUGAAGCUUAUUCCAAUUAAACUGUAGGUGAUGCAAAUAUGUUAUACAAAUUUGAAAGAUUCAACUUCAGCAGAAGUUGGAUGUUUCAUUAAGAAUCUCCUGGAAAUCUCUCCGGACAUUCUUAGAGAGUAUCUGAUUCAUCUACAAGAGCACAUGGUAACUUUCAUUACUACUACAACUCCAGGGGCUCAAAACAUUCAUGUCAUGAUAGAGUUCCUUUUAAUUAUUCUUACGGAUGUGCCGAAGGACUUUAUUCAUCAUGACAAAUUAUUUGACCUUUUGGCAUGUGUUGGAGCACUCAUCAGGGAAGUAUCAACUCUUGUUCGCAACUUAGAAGAGAAAUCAAGGAAUGAAGAGAGUAACGAUGAAACAAGUCGUGCGACUCUAGACUUGUUGGAAGAAAAAAUUGAACUCCUCAAGGAAGAUCUCAAAAAUGAUUAUCUGAAAGCCCCAGACUCAUUUCAAUGCUUCCCCAUGAGUGACGGAUCGCUCUUCAUGCAUCUUCUACUCAUCCACUUGAAUGAUCUUCUAGAUUCCAAUUCUUAUUCAAUUGCUUUGAUAAAGGAUGAAAUUACCUUGAUGAAAGAAACCCUCGAAUUCAUAAGAUUGUUCUUUGUGAAUGUUGAGCAAGGAUUGUAUAAAGAUCCCUGGGCACGUGUUUUAGAUGUGGCAUAUGAGGCAAAAGAUGUCAUUGAUUCAAUUAUUGUUCGGGCUAAUGGUCUCUUACAUCUUAUUUUCUCCCUUCCCAUCACCAUGAAAAAGAUCAAGCUUAUCAAAGAAGAUGCCUCCCAAUUAUCGGAGAAGAUUCCCAAGAACAAGAGCCUCAUUGCUGUAAACUCUCCCAAGAAUCCAGUUGAAAGAAAAUCAUUGACAACUAGUAAAAUAAUUGUAGGUUUUAAGGAGGAGACAAACUGGUUAAUUAGUAAGCUUACCAGUGGACCGAAAGAUCUAGAUGUCAUCUCAAUCACUGGUAUGCCAGGUUCUGGCAAAACUACUUUGGCAUACAAAGUAUACAAUGAUGAAUCAGUUUGUAGUCAUUUCGACCUUCGUGCAUGGUGCACAGUCAACCAAGAUUAUGAAGAGAAGAAGUUGUUGAUGAAACUUUUUAAUCAAGUUACUGGAUCAGAUUUGAAGUUCAGCGAGGAUAUUGAUGUUGCUGAUGAGCUACGGAGAAAAUUGCAUAGAAAGAGGUACCUAAUUGUGUUAGAUGACGUCUGGGAUAUUGACACAUGGGAUGAUUUAACAAGACCUUUUCAUGGAAAGAGCAACACUGAUCCUCUUAACCUUAGAUCGUUAAGACCAGAAGAAAGUUGGGAGUUAUUAGAGAAAAGGGCAUUUGGAAACAAGAGUUGCCCCAAUGAACUAUUGAAUGUUGAAAUAGCCCAGAUUGUAAGGGACUUCCUUUGGUGGCUGAUCUGAUUGCUGGAGUCAUUGCAGGGAGGGAAAAGACAACGUCUGUGUGGCAUGAUGUUCGAAAUAAUUUGAAUUCCUUUAUUUUCGGCAGUGAAGUUGAUGUGAUGAAGGUUAUAGAAUUAAGUUAUGGCCAUUUACCACUUCAACUGAAGCCAUGCUUUCUCUACCUUGCAAGAUAUCCAAAGGACAGAGAAAUAUACAGAGGUUGGUUGAAAAUGUUGAACAGACAGAGAUGAAGAGUUUGGAAGAAGUGAUGGAAAUUUAUUUGGAUAAUUUAAUUUCCAGUAGCUUGGUAAUUUCUUUCAAUGAUAUAGGUGAUGACCCGACUUGCCAACUACAUGAUCUUGUGCAUGACUUUUGUUUGAUAAAAGCAAAAGAGGAAAAGUUGUUCGAGCAGCAGAUAAGUUCAAGUGAUCCAUCUUUUUCUUCUUCAGAUUUGAUGCCACGCAUGGUAAACAUUUCUUAUAAUAAGGAGCAGUUUGGGCUUAACAAUUUCAUCCUGUUUAUUUCAAAAAUGAAAAAGCAUUCUUGUAAGAGCCUCUGUUCUUUGGAGAUAACCGGAGACGAGAUGGAAGAUCGUCUUUCUGACUCAUGUCACCUAAGAGACUUGAGGCUUCUUAGAGUGUUGAUCUUGUUUCACUCUUUUAUGAUGGUGAAAGAUUCUUUGCUGAAUGAAAUAUGCAUGUUGAAUCAUUUGAGGUUCUUAAGAAUUGGGACAGAAGUUAAAUCUCUGCCUUCAUCUUUCUCAAAUCUCUGGAAUCUAGAAACCCUCUUGGUUGAUAACAAGUUAUCAACCUUGGUACUAUUACCGAGAAUUUGGGCUAUUGUAAAGUUGCGAGUGCUGUGCACUCAUGCUUGUUCUUUCUUUGAUUUGGAUAUAGAUGAACCAAUACUGAUUGUAGAGGAUUUAAAGUUAGAGAACUUGAGAAUAUGCGAGUGCUGUGCACUCAUGCUUUCCUAUUCGAAAGAAACAGAGGAUUUUUUCAUAAGGUUCCCCAAUCUUCAAAGGCUUGUAUUUGAUCUCAAGGAAUCAUGGGAUUAUUCACCAGAGCUAUAUUGGUUUCCAAACUUGGAUUUCCUUCAUGAACUAGAAACCCUCGAAGUAGUGUUUGAAAGUUCAAUCACAAAUGACAAUGGGCCCUCUGCAGCGACAAAUUGGACAUGGGAUUUUCACUUUCCUUCCAAUUUGAAAAUAUUGUCGUUGUUGAACUUUCCUCUGACAUCCGAUUCACUAUCAAUAAUAGCGAGACUUCCCAACCUUGAACACUUGUUCCUUACGAGAACAAUCAUCAAAUGGGGAGAAUGGAACAUGAGAGAGGAAGACACCUUGGAGAAUCUCAAAUUUUUGAUGUUGGAUAAUGUGACUCUUGCUAAGUGGGAGUUUGGAGAGGAAUCCUUUCCCAUGCUUGAGAAAUUACAACUGUGGGGAUGUCAUAUGCUUGAGGAGAUUCCGUCUAAUUUUGGGGAUAUUGGUUCAUUGAAAAUUAUUCAACUUGUAGAGAGCCCUCAACUUGAAAAUUCGGAGAUUAAGGAAUAUGUUGAGGAUAUUAUGGGAUGGGAUCUUGAGGUUCUUGGCCCGAAUAAUAUCACAUUAUUUAAGUAGCUUGAAGAAUUAUGUGGGGGAAUUCUUGAGCACCACCAUAACAGAACCCGUCCCUGCUUCCCCAAGCUCUUCUGACAGGCUCAGUUCACACCUCCUAGUUGGCGUGCCGCUGCUAUGCCUAGCACUGGGAGUUUUCUGCUACCGAACGCCAGCGACUUCAACUACCAUGUGAAACCUCUUCAGGUAAUAAUGUUACCGAGGAAGUCCAAUGCAAUAAGAAGUGGGAUACUCGUAGUGCAAAGAGUUUGAAUUGUGAUGUAAUGUGGUGAAUUUAAGCCAUCAAGAAUCAGCCACCAAUAAGCAUUUGGAGGUGCGAGACUGCUGUUUCUAAUGAUCAAGAUGUUGAUGCAGCAUUUGGCCUCAUGUGCAACAAUUGCACUAGGUAAAUGGCUAUUACCUCCUUCAUCGGUAUAUUGCAAGUUGAAUAUCUCCAACAGGCGCAACAUGGCUAUCGGCAUCCUCCACUGAUGAGCACGCGUCUCCUGUUCCUUUGUCAAGAAUACUCAAGGUGGCACCUUUAAGUCCAUUAAAUAUAGGAUUGAUGAGCUUGACGAAGAGGAGUCUGUUAUCUAGCUGCUACUCAAUUAGAAAUGAAGAAACUUUUACUCAGAUACACAUCAUAGAAACUAUCACCUUAACGGGAUUGCAUCACAAUGUCUAAUGCAGCAAGGUUCGGAUGGAGAUGAAGAAUCUAUUGCUCGGAGUUAUUCAAAUGUGGUUUAGAGCAGCGUGGAUAUAUCUUCCUAGCAUCUUCUUAAAUCAUCCAAGAGGAAUCCGUUUUAUGUCGAAUAAUACGUGGAGGAAUUCUCGAUAUACCAGUAAAAGCAAUUACGUGCAUGAAUGAACUUUUGAAAGGAUAAUUUUCGUUUGGAAUUUUGAUCAUUAAUAGACUUUUUUACCAGAAAA